AUGAAGCUUUCCCUCGUUACCUUGGCCUUGGGCCUGGCUUCAUUCGUUACAGCACGCAGAACAGGCUCACAUAUCGGCAAACAGCUUCCUCAACCUAAGAGGAACCUUGCACCGAGAUCAGCGGCUCCAGCUCCAGCUCAUCCACAACUUGAGAAACGAGCGCCUGAGCAUCAGUUCUUGACAAACGCCACCAAGAAGUUCGCUGUCAAUGGAAGCGCAAUUCCUGAGGUCGAUUUCGACGUGGGCGAAUCCUACGCCGGUCUUCUACCCAUUUCGGAUGCCAAAGACUCCCCAGAACUCUACUGGUGGUUCUUCCCUUCGACCAAUCCUGCAGCGAAGAACGAGAUUCUCAUUUGGCUCAAUGGUGGCCCUGGGUGUAGUUCUCUAGAGGGCCUUUUACAAGAAAACGGACCCUUUCUAUGGCAAUACGGUACCUUCAAGCCUGUGCAGAAUGUCUGGUCUUGGACCAAUCUAACCAACGUGGUCUGGGUGGAACAACCCGUGGGCACCGGUUUCUCUCAAGGCACAGUCACCGCGACUUCUGAAGAAGACGUGGCGUCGCAGUUCUUGGGGUUCUUCAAGAACUUCGUCGAGACCUUCUCCAUGCAGGGCUACACGGUCUACAUCGCCGGCGAGUCGUACGCCGGAUACUAUGUGCCGUACAUCGCGGACGCCAUGUUCAACGCCAACGAUACCGAGUACUACAACAUCAGCUCCAUCCUGAUCUACGACCCCAGUCUGAGCUACGACGUGGUUCAGGAGCAACUCCCUGCUGCGGCGUUUGCGAACUACUGGGCCGAUGCACUGUACCUGAACAAGACGUACAUGGAGUCGUUGAACAAUAUGUCGGACGUUUGUGGGUACACGUCGUUUUUGGAAGAGGCCCUGACGUUUCCACCCAAGGGCCCUCUGCCGUCACCUCCAAACCUCGACCUCGAGGACGACAGUUGCGACACCUUUGACUCGCUGUUCUAUGCCAUCUCUGAGGUCAACCCAUGUUUCGACAUCUAUCAGAUCUUCACGACGUGCCCACUUCUCUGGGACGUGUUGGGAUUCCCCGGAUCGUUCGACUACGUUCCUGACGGAGCCACCAUCUACUUCAACCGCACAGACGUGCAAAAGGCCAUCAAUGCGCCGGUGCAGCCAUGGGCAGAAUGCGCCAGUGAUCCGGUCUUUGUCAACAACACGGACCUGUCGACCCCGUCGGCGCUGAGUGUGCUGCCCGGCGUGAUUGAGAAAGCGGACCGUGUCAUCAUCGGCCAUGGAAUCAUCGACAUGGUCCUGAUCUUCAAUGGGUCGUUGGUCGCCGUGCAGAACAUGACGUUCAACGGAGCACAAGGCUUCUCGGUUCCACCGUCACAAUGGGACGACUUUUACGUUCCGUACCACGUGUCGUACGAUAACCAGCUGGGGACGAUAGCCGGUGCAGGAGUCAUGGGUCAAUAUCAUACCGAGAGAGGAUUGACGAUGGUGACGGUUCAAUUGUCGGGUCACAUGGUUCCUCAGUAUGCUCCCAGUGCGGCGUAUAGACAGCUCGAGUUCCUGCUGGGACGUAUUCCUGAUUUGGGGACCGUGGGACCAUUUACGACGAUGAAGGAUGGAAGUUAUUGA